UGCACUUGAAGUACAUGAACUAUGAACCUGCAGUUAGCACCUUCCUUCCUGUUCAUGAGUGUAGAGAUAACAAGAAGUGGGCCACUGCUAAAGUUUCUUGUUCUGUUAUUCUGGAAAUAUUGUGUGUCUCUUUUGCAGUCCUUCUAGCUGGUUCUCCUCACUAUGACGAGUGUUAACGGAUUCUGCAAUAUUUGUGUCCUCCUUUUCGGAAUACUGCAUCUCUCAAAAACCAUCACACCCCGGACUUCCUUUCUUUUUGGAACCCCAGGCCGAGUGCUUUCGCGAUUUAAUGCCAGCGAUGUGCAAAACACUACCACCCUGCUGCUAAGUCCAGACGCUGCAACACUGUUUGUUGGGGGUCGCGACACUGUGUUGUCCUUAGACGUCAGUCAGUCUGAUGGCAUCACACUGAAAAACAAGUUCGACUGGGAAGCACCUAAAAAUCCUGAAUGUAACUCUUUGGCGUUCAACCAGAAUUGUGCCAACUUCAUCCGAAUUUUGCAAUUUAUCAACUCCACUCAUCUGUAUGCUUGCGGAUCAUGGGCAUUUAAACCUCAAUAUACAAUUCUUACAGUAGAUUCUUUGAAGGUCAGUAAAAAGCCAGAGCAUGUCAAAGGUCACUGCCCUUACAACGCAAGUGAGAGGAGCACAGCUCUUGUUGUUGAUGGAAAACUGUAUACUGCCACAACAAAUGACUAUUUUGGAAAGACGCCUGUCAUCUCCCGCUAUUUCAGUGAUGACAAAAACGACCUACAACUUUCAGAUAAUUCUAGAGUACAAAAAGGUGCUACAUUCAUCAGUUCCUCUUACAUUCCCAGCGAGGGGAAGGUGCUGUUUUUUUUCAGGGAAGCUGGAACUGAGUACAACUUCAUGAACAAAUUCACUGUGACACGGGUGGCCCAAGUCUGUAUCGAUGACAACGGUGGCGAACGGGUCCUUCAGAAGCGCUGGACAUCGUUUGCUAAGUCUCAUCUUGUAUGCCAGGCGCAGGAGCAGUUGCCUUUUAAUCUGCUCCAGGACAUUGUAACGGUGCCAGCGGCUGAUGCCAAAUCCCCUGAUAAUACACUGUUCUACGGCAUCUUCACCUCUCAGUGGGCUUUGACAUCUGGCCAGUCAGCAGUGUGUGCUUUUAGACUAGCAGAUAUUAAAGCAGCGUUCUCAGCAAAUUAUAAAACUUACAUUGUGGAAACUGGUGAAUGGAAAGUGCAACGUAACAGAGACGCUAUAUUGGGCAAAUGUGGGUUACAUAAUGCCAGUGACCAUAUACUGAACUUGGUGAAAAAAUCCUUCCUAACAGUUAAUAAUAUACAGGCUGUGGGACAUAAGCAGCUUUUAACAUCCAAAGAGGAGCUGUACAGCCGCAUCACAGCACAGAGAGUCCAGGCUGCCAACGGCCGCAUGUACACCAUCCUUUACCUGCUUACCGAGAGUGGAUUUCUUCACAAAAUUGUCUUGCUAAAAGACGGAUAUCACAUCAUCGAGGCAAUCCAACUCUUCAAGUCACCACAGACCAUCAAAAGCAUCCUUGUCUCCAUCGCCAAGGGCAUGGUGUUUGUUGGCUCCUCGGAAGGUGUGAUUAGGGUGCCUGUGUCAAACUGCUCCUUCUACUCCAGUUGUGCAGAGUGUGUGUUGGCUCAGGACCCAUUUUGUGGCUGGAACUCACAGAGCAAAAAGUGUAUCCAACUGUACAACGUGAAUCCUAAUUUAUGCCAGGAUGUGGAGAAUGGCAAUUUCACAGAUCAGUGUAAAGACUCAGAAAGUGGCACACUUGUCCCAAGAAAGGUGAUCCAUGCCCAUCAUUACGAGUGGGUGAUGCUACCAUGUGCCUCAAGCUCCGGCCUAGAACGCGUAAGCUGGAGGUUCUCUAAUCACAGCAUCGUACCCCAGUCGCACUACCUACAGCAGCGAAAAGACAACCUGCUUGUGCUCGUCACUCCAAACACUGCUGUGGAGUUCCACUGCGUCUCUGAAAAGCAGGGUCUCCAGAGAACCUUGGCCGUUUUCUCGCUGAAGCCUCACUCCCUGGGUUCCUCAAAUCACUCAGUGCAUUCUUUGGAUGAAGACACUUUGAAUAGCAGUCUACCUCUCACGCAGCCAAAGAACUACUAUGUUGAGAUGGUAGUGGUUUCCUUUCUGCUUGUUUUAUGUAUGUGCGUGCUUGCUGUUAGCAUAUUCUGUGUGCAGAGACAGAGCCGCAGUACUGCUAGCCCUGAAUGUAAUGAACUCUCUAGGAUAAGUAGUGCAAGCUAAGCCUUAGGGUGAAGAAAUGUUAUGAUGACCAUAAUAUAUGACUAUACAUAAGCAUGCAUCAUUGCCAUCUGAACUAUGGAGUCUUCAAGAACAGAAGCAGUAGAGAGUGGAUGAAUAGGUGGGCCAAUUUUCUUGCUGUAUUAUAAAACAACUUUAAAACUAGUCUUUUAUUAAAAGUUUUUCAUUGCGACGGGGGAGAUCAUUCUGGGCAUAUAAUAUGUAAAUAUAUAAAAGUAUUAUGGAUUUUUAUAGAUUUUGAGAUGGACUUGACUAGUAUGAAAUUAUUAUACUCCCUAAAGUAUACCUGUCAAGGUUUUUAUGUGUGCGCAUGUCUGUCCAGUGAUUACUAUGUAUAAAUAGUCAUUUAUCUGU